AUGAACACCGACAAAAACAUCCUUGAAUCUGAAAUCGAUGUGCUUAUCAUCGGAGCAGGCCCCUCGGGCCUGAUGGCCGCAUACUGGAUGGCCCGCUGCGGCGUCAACGCACGCAUUGUUGACAAGCGAGGGACCAAAGUGUUUACAGGCCAAGCUGACGGUUUGCGAUGCCGCACUUUAGAGAUCUUUGAUAGUAUGGGGUUUCAACACCGAGUUUUGCAGGAAGGCCAUGUGGCGGUUGAAGCCAAUUUCUGGGUGCCUGAUGGAAGGGGUAAUUUGACCCGACAAGGACCGCACUGCAGUCGAAAGGUCAACGAAUCGCCCUUCCGCAACAUGCUGCUGAAUCAAGGUCGCAUUGAGCGAUUUCUGCUCGAUAGCAUUCGAGAGCAUUCCGACCUUCAAGUUGAACGAGGUGUGAUUGCCGAAGCCUUUGAGUAUGAUAGUGCAAAGGCGUCCGAUCCAGACGCCCAUCCUAUUGCGGUGACGCUGCGGACCUUGAGCGACGAGGAGGCAAAUCCGUCGAGUUUACGCGCGGAAGGUGGUCCGCACAAAGUGGCAAGCGGAGUCGCCCGAGGAAGCCUCUUGCAGGACGAUUGGGAGGAGCUUCUUUCGAAAAGUCGGGCUAAAGAAACAAGGACCGAGAUUGUGAGGUGCAAAUACGUGAUUGGGUGUGACGGAGCCCACAGCUGGACCAGGAAGCAAGUGAAUAUACCAUUGGAAGGCUCCAGUACGGACCAUCUCUGGGGUGUUAUAGAUGUCGUUCCCAUCACCAACUUCCCCGAUAUACGUCGUCUGGGGACAGUAACGCAUCCCACGGGCACAAUCCUCAUCAUCCCACGAGAGCGAAACAUGGUACGACUAUACGUGCCAGUCCAAGCCGUGGAGGCCAACGUUCCAGGAGAGGGUCGUCAUGAUCGCUCAAAGAUCACCCUAGAGAUGAUCAAGCACCGAGUGCAAGUCAUAUUGGCCCCCUUCACAUUUGACUACAAAAUCUGCGACUGGUGGGCGGCAUAUCAGAUUGGUCAACGCAUUGCACCGACAUUUUCCAAGGACAACCGCGUCUUUCUGGCUGGGGAUGCAGUCCAUACACACUCGCCAAAGGUGGGUCUCGGGAUGAACAUGAGCAUGCAAGACGGAUACAAUAUUGGGUGGAAAGUGGCACUUGUCGCCAAGGGUGUGGCCCAGUCUUUGAUAUUAAACACCUACGACCCAGAGCGCCAUCGGCUCGCCGAGAUGCUUCUUGACUUUGAUCGACACUGGUCCGGGCUCUUCACCGAGAGUGAGGACGAAGAGAAGGCACAAAGUAUGAUCAAGGUGGUUGAGUUCUUCGAGGAUUUUGCUGAUGGGCGCAAGUCAUUCUAUGGACCUAGUCCUCUCGUCUGGAAGAAGCACGACGACUCUGGCCCAACUGCGUCUGCAUCUGAAGGAUGCAAUCUUAUUCCUGGGGAGCGUCUCCCGCCUGUCAAGCUUCGAAUGCAGGCCGAUGGCAACGUCAAAUGGACGACUGCGAUAUUGAAAAGUGAUGGACGAUUCCGGGUGGUGGCUCUGACGGGUGAUCUGCGAGCCUCAACACAAAGAAGCCGCGUCGAGGCGUUGGCUAAACGCCUGUCAUCAGGUCGUGGGAGUGAAAAGUCCCUAUUUGACCGCUAUACUUCACUUACUGGCAUACACGAUUGUGCUCUCGACGUUCUUGCCAUCCACAGUGGACCUUGGACCGAGGUUGAGUUCUUUGAUUUCCCAGAUGUUUUCCAUCCCUUUGACACGGUCCACGGCUGGAACUAUGACAAGAUCUGGUGUGACGAUGCGUGUCCUUGGGAUCGAGACUGUGACGGUACAGGGUACGAGCGUUGGGAGGUUGAUCGAAAGCGAGGCGCAAUUGCGGUGAUCCGCCCCGAUCAGUAUGUGGGAUGGGUUGGUGAGCUUGAAGAUGUCGAAGAGAUGAUUGAUUACCUAGACGGAAUUUUGGUGACGCGGCCGGCCACUGCCUGA